UAUCCAAAAACUUCUAUGGGUGUCCGGCCGCAGAGUUUAUUAGGAGGAGAUUUUUUCUCAAAGCUGCUUCCCCCACCCACGCUCACCCACCCAAGCCACCAUCAUUCCCCGCAUCCUCCCUCAGCUCCAGCAAUUAUCAGUGGAAACGUUGGUCGGCUCAACAUGGAUCUGCAGAAUUUCCUUCUUUUUGUAGGAAUCUCCGCCUGCACAAUGAAAGUUUCUCAACAAGGGCCAAGCCAGCGCAAACUGUACAAUGAUCUGAUGACCGGGUACAACCCCCUGGAGAGACCAGUUUUCAACGAUUCUCAGAGCCUCACAGUUUACUUUGGCCUCAGCCUGAUGCAGAUCAUGGAUGUGGAUGAGAAGAACCAGGUUCUAACAACCAACAUUUGGCUACAGCUGUACUGGAACGACCAUUACCUCCAUUGGAAUCCAUUGGACUAUCCAGGUGUGACCAAUGUGAGAUUUCCCGACCAUCUCAUCUGGAAGCCAGAUAUUCUGCUGUACAACAGUGCAGAUGAAAGGUUUGAUGCAACAUUUCAUACCAACAUUUUGGUCAACUCCUCGGGCUCUUGUUCAUAUCUUCCUCCUGGCAUCUUUAAGAGCACUUGCUACAUUGAUGUCCGUUGGUUCCCCUUUGAUGUCCAGAGGUGUGACUUGAAGUUUGGCUCCUGGACAUAUGGAGGCUGGUCCCUGGAUCUAAAGAUGGUGGAGGCUGACAUCACUGGCUACAUCGCCAAUGGAGAGUGGGACCUUGUUGAGGUUCCAGGUCGAAGGAACGAGCGUUUUUACGAAUGCUGUGAUGAGCCUUACCCUGACAUAACCUUCACUGUGGUGAUGAGAAGACGGACCCUCUACUAUGGCCUUAAUCUGCUCAUCCCGUGUGUCCUGAUCUCCACUCUAGCUCUGCUCGUCUUCCUCCUACCUGCCGACUCUGGGGAAAAGAUCUCACUUGGCAUUACAGUUCUUCUCUCCCUGACUGUUUUUAUGCUGCUAGUUGCAGAGAUUAUGCCUGCCACAUCAGACUCGGUGCCUUUAAUAGCUGAGUACUUUGCCACAACCAUGGUCAUUGUUGGUCUCUCUGUAAUUGCUACUGUUUUGGUUCUGCAAUAUCACCAUCAUGACCCUGAUGGAGGCAAGAUGCCAAAAUGGACGCGUGUGAUCCUGCUGAACUGGUGCGCCUGGUUCCUGCGCAUGAAGCGCCCUGGUGAAGAGCGAGUGCGCUCAGCGUGCCACAACAAAACCCGACGGAGCAGCCUGACCAGCAUGGACCUCAACGCCAGCAACUCCCAGUCUACGAAUGGCCAAAUGUUAUACGUGGGUGUCCGAGGCCUGGAGAGCAUCCACUGCUCCACGGCUGCCACGUCUCCUGACUCUGGGGUCCUCUGCGGGCGGCUGAUCGGACGCGCCGGUGAGGAUGAGUUGCUUCUCCCAUCGAGUCAGAGCUCCAACAUGGGAUACAUGGAGCUAGAGCUAGCCAAGAUCCUGGAUGAGGUGCGUUAUAUUGCCAAGCGGUUUCGUGACCAAGACGAGGAUGAAACUGUUUGCAACGAGUGGAAGUUUGCGGCAUCUGUCAUUGACAGGCUUUGCCUCAUGGCUUUCUCACUUUUCACGAUCCUCUGCACCAUUGGGAUCCUCAUGUCGGCACCUAAUUUUGUAGAAGCCAUUUCCAAAGAUUUUUUCACAUGAGGCUAUUUAAGUAAAUAUUUGAGGUAAAAACGCUGACACCCAUAUCUACUCUAAUUCCCAGGGCAGUAAUUUCAAGACAGUCAUUUAUUCUAUUUACAAAUAUACAUAUGAUCAAAUAUAUUCUUGGUUUCUCAAAUCAAAGUCAAAUAAAAAUUCUGUCUUUAAUGCAAAAUAAUUAAACACAUACAUAGCAUUAUACUGGUUAAAGCUAUCUUCUGCCUUUUAUGUACCACCACCUCUUACUUUAAAGAAAAUAAUCUCUGUUAUCCUUUUGUACAGUUUGUAUUAUAUCUAAUUGGUUCAUUAGUGUGAUUUGUAAACAAUACAACUUUGGCUUUCUGUAACUUCUUCAUUGUAACAUACACCUUUGUUCAAAAUAACAGCAGUCUAACUUUGGUCGAUAUUUCUACAUGGCAAAUAAUUUACUAGUGUAGGCUAAUAGAAAACCAUCAGACUCAACAGUCAUGACCUGCUUUCAUGAUUCUGUGUAAGGAAUCAGUCAUCAAAAGGGGAUGCAAGGUCAUUUAGGGGUCAAGAAUUAUUGACUCCUUGUUGAAGGAAGAAGGCACCAAAUGUUGUACGUGGUGGUUAUAGUGCAAUACUCUGAAAAAAUGUCGAUUGAAGUGGGACAGUAUAUAAAGAAAUGCAGAAAACAAUAGGCUAAUCAGCUAAAAUGAUCUCAAAUUAUCUUAAAAUGGCAUCUUAGACCAGAAAGACACUAAAGAAAAUGGAAAACUAUAGUUCCAAUGGAUCAAAGACUAGGCCAAUGACCAGCUCCAGGUUGGUCAAAAAAGUCUACAAUUCCUGUGUGAGUACUGUGACAAUCAGAAGACACCCAUGUAAAGCAAAGCUAUUUGCAAGAAGCCCCCAAAAAGUCCCAUUGUUGAAAAAACAACAUGGGCUGAAGAUGUUACAAUUUGCAAGAAAAACACACUGACUGGCCUAAAGAGAACUGGUGCAACAUUUUAAGAACCGAUGAAACCAAUAUUAUUCUUUUCGGGAACGUCUGUCAAACUGUGAAGCGUGGUGGCUUAGGUAUCAUGCUAUGGGGAUGUACUGUGGGUUCAGGCCUUUUUCUCUCAUACUACAUAUCAUGGAUCAGUUUGAAUAAUCAGCAUACCUGAAGAGGUCAUAUUGCGUUGCGAGCAGCAUCUUGGUUUCAGACCAGCAAGAUAUAUAUUCUGUAGUGGCCAACCCAGUGCCUGGACUGUAGUCCAACAGAAAUCAUGUAGGGUGACAUCAUGCAUGCUGUUUCUGUGCCAAACCUAAGAUAUGUAGAGAGAUUAUGGAAUACUCAAAUUCAAUUCAAUUCAAUUCAAAAAUACUUUAUUAAUCCCAAAGGGAAAUUAAAUGUUGUUGUAGCUCAUAUUAUGAAGGUUUCCUCAAAGAGCCGUUGUAGAUGCUGAUGGCUGUGGGCAGGAAGG